AUGAGACAAGCUGGAAAUGAGGCCAAGUUCCCUCUUCCAUCUGUGACAUCACAUGAUGCUGGGACCUACCAGUGCCUCUACAGACAUUCAUCCUCUUGGUGGUCAGACCGCAGUGACCCCCUGGAGCUGGUGGUGACAGGCCUCUCUGCCCCGCCCUCCCUGGCAGCCCUGCCCAGCUCUGAGGUGGCCCCAGGACAGAACGUGACCCUGCAGUGCUGGUCAGAGCGAUGGUAUGACUGGUGUGUCCUGUGCAAGGAUGGAGAAGAGAUCAGCCGGGGCAGGACCCGGAGCCAUGGAAGGUGGUGUCAGAUUGACGUCUUCUUCCCUGCUGUGACUCCGACCCAGGAAGGCACUUACAGAUGCUUCGGCUUUAAUAGUUCUUCCCCCUCCCUGUGGUCCUCCCCCAGCGCCACCCUGCUGCUCCGGGUCUCAGGGACCUCUCCAAGCCCUGAGUCUGAGAACAAGCCCUCAGGUCUCUCCAUCCUCCAAGUGAGCAUCCUGGUGGGCAUCUCAGCCUUCCUCAUCCUGAUCUUCUUCCUCUCCCUCCUUUACUUUCAUCACUGUCGGUAUCAGCCCAGACUGGGGAAAGGGGACAGAGAGGCAGACAUCAAGACCACCAGGAGCUCAGAACAAGCAGGGAGCACCCUAGAGGAGACUGUGUGUGCUGAUGUGAAUGAUGUCAGACAGACAGAGGAGGCUGGACAAGAGGACACAUCCGCUCUCCAAAGAGAAGACCCUCAGGAAGUGACCUACGCCCAGCUGGACCACAAGAGGCUCAAGCGUGGGGCUGAGCCCCCUCCCCAGUCUGGCCCAGUGGAGCCCAGUGUCUAUGCUGCCCUUCGAUGGCGAGUAGUGACAUGUGCUGUCCAUGGUGAUCAUUCAAUACAUAUUUCCACGUUCAUUAUGUAGUGAAAGAAGACACAUAUUGGCAGCACAAGAGAAAACUGGCUGGUGGAAAUAAAGUGAAGAAUGGCAUGAGAGACGUGUUCAUGAUGAGUCUCUUGGAGCUGCCCUGGUUGUUAAUAAUGGUUGUCUUGUUGAUAAUGGUUCAAUUAUUCACUGUUGAUCAUCCACAUUAUUGCUGUUAUUGUAUUCAAUAGUCUCCUGGUUCUGCUCAACUCACUUUGCAUCACUCCAUCUAAAUCUUCCCAGGUUCUUUUGGGAUCAUCAGGUCCAUCAUUUCUAUUGGCAUGAUAGUUCUCCAUUACAACCACACACCACAGCUUGUUCAGCCAUUCCCCAAUUGAUGGACAACCCUUUAGCUCCCAGGUCUUUUCCACUGCAAAAGGAGCUGCUAUAAGUAUUUUUGAACAAGUUGGUCCUUUCCACCAUCUUUGAUUUCUUUGGGAUACUGUAAACCUUAAAAUUUCUUAGACUUAUAAAUGUUGGAAAUUUCACCAUUGGGAAAUUUCAUACUUGGAAAAUUUCUUACUGAUAGUCUAUUGGAAUGUGAACCCCAUUGGCAUGGGAGGUUCCUCCUCCUCCCUUCUUAAGAUUACUUUAGGACAGAAACCUUUUGCUGAACAAUGGAAAGGACUUUGACCUAUGCUUAA